AUGUUUAUUAACAGACAUUUAACCAAGAAUUUUGGUUACUUUAAAAAGUUAGGCCUAAAAGGGCCCAAACCUGUGAUAAUAUUCGGUAAUCUAUUGGAUCUGCUCUUUGUUUCAAAGCCCGACCUCGAAGUGAAGCGAAUGAAACAAUUUGGUGCAAUCUAUGGCAUUUUCGAGGGCAGUCGACCGAUCAUACAAGUGGGCGAUCCGGAGAUUAUCAAACAGAUAUUGGUCGAGGAUUUCCGGAUGUUCAACACCAAAGUCCGUAUCGCAAACGUUGGUCACCCUAUCGUCGACCGCAUGCUGGUUGCGGUUCGGGGCAAACAGUGGCGCCGCAUGCGGGCAGCCAUACAGCCGGCGUUCACCACCGCUCGCACGCGUCGCCACUACCCUCUGGUCAGGCAAUGCGUUGACCAACAGUUGGUCAGUGUGUUGGAGGGGUACGCCCGGGAGGGCCGCCCCUGUGAGCUCAAGCGUACGUUUGGCUGCUUUUCCCUAAGCGUUAUAAACCGUAGCGCUUUUGGUAUCGCCACUGACCCCUACAGUCAGCCCCGACACCCGUUUGUACGCACGGCGUGGCCGUUGAUUGUGCUCCCGGUGUGGAAGUUGUUGGCCCUACAGGUGUUGUCGGGACGGCUGUUGAAAGCAUUUGGUUUGCGGUCUAUUUUUAAUGAGAAAACUAUUGAUAAUAUAUGCGAUAAUUUGAAGGGUGUGUUGAAAGCGAGGGAACAUUUGGUGGCGAAUAGUAUUGAUUUUUUGGGAGUAUUCAUGCGAUCAAAACUCGGUCCCAACGAACCCGAGCCUAACGAUGAUAUUGAAGGAGAAAAUUGUCUCGAAAUGAAAGCGAAAACGUUUGACAACAAUAUGUCGGACAACAAGAAGUUGACUGAAGAGGAAAUCCUUGCGCAGGGAUUCUUCAUAUACUUCACGGCUUUCGACCAAAUCUCAAACGUACUGUCGUUUUGUGUCUAUGAGUUGGCACUCAAUCCGGACGCUCAGCACCGGCUCUACGAAGAGAUUGCCGCCGCUGUGGACGCCGACGGGGAGAUCGGUUACGACGAGUUGUGUCGACUGCCACUACUGGACGCUGUGAUCAGCGAAACCCAACGCCUUCACGGCGGACCCGUUAAGUACCGGCGAAUACCCGGCCGUGAGUUCCCUUUGGGCCAAACCGGGAUUGUGGUGCCGAAGGGACAGCCGAUUGAGAUACUAGUUUACGCCAUCCAUCACUCGGAAGAGUACUUCCCGAACGCCUGUCAGUUCAUUCCCGAUAGGUUUUUACCCGAAAAUCGUCGCAAUAUAAAGCCGUAUACAUUCAUGCCGUUCAGCGCCGGACCCCGUGUUUGUGUGGGAAUGGCGUUCGCCUUAAUGGAGCUAAAGCUGGCGUUAGUUCAUGUGUUGCGUCGCUUCCGGUUCGCCGUCCAUAAGGACACAAAAGUGCCGCCAAUUGUCAAAACACAUCCCGUUAUGAAAGCGCCGAAAACUAUGUAUCUGUCGGUUGAGGCCAGAGAUUAAGUUAAUGUGUUAUUCUGUACUGUAUUUUCAUAUAUUAUUUAUAU